AUGAAGAAGGGAAAUCGCCGAUCGAAGCGAUCAAGCAUCGCCGAUUCCUCUUUACCUUCUAAAGACGACAAUAACCAGCCACAACAGAACCAGGAUUACGAGAAGAGAGUUCACGAAUUGGAGAAAGAAAACGAAGUUCUUAAGAGGGAGAUUGAGGAAUUGAAGGACAAAGCGGCUGCUAAUAUUUCAUCACCCAUUUCCGUUGCUGGUAGUGUUCGAAAACGGAAACAAGAUGAUAUCCAGAAGUUACAGAACCUUGAAGAACAGGUCAUGGAAUCGAAGAAGAAACUAAAUGCACAUUCUCAGCUCUCAAAGCUAAAACAAAAGAAUGGUGAGUCAGGGAGACUGGAUGAGAUUCAGAGAUUAAAGGCUCAGAAGGUUCAACUCCAAUGUAAGAUUAAGUUAGACUCCGUACAAUUCAGGCUAUCAAAAGCUUCACUGGAAAGAGAAGUUCUUCAGAUGAAGAAAGAGCAAAGAAGGAACCAGUAUGAAAUGCGUAAGCUGUUGGCUUUGAACCAGAGGCAAAAGCUGGUGUUGCACAGGAAGACAGAGGAAGCUUCAAUGGCAACUAAACGGCUAAAUGAUCUAUUAGAAUCUCGAAAGGCUUUGUCUCAGAAAACUUCUGGUGCUAAAACUGGCUACAAUGCUGGAAGCCAGGGUAUUGAGCUUGAGCUUAAAGUUGCGGCACGGGUGGAGGAAAUACGUUCUGAAUAUGAACGUCAAAUGGAAGAGAUGGGCGAUGAGGUUAGAAAGUUUGAGGAAGAAGCGGAGAUGCUAAGGCAAGAAAAUUUCAGGUGCCUGCUGCAGGAUAAGGAAGUUGAAUGUGCAGUGAAGGAUGGCGAGUUAAGAGACUUGAAAGAAGAAGUAACCAGGCUAAGUAGUUUGGUCAGUCGACUGGGAAUGGCCAAGCCACAAGUUAAUUCAAGGAACCCACAGGUAGGUGCGGUUCAAUCCUCUGUUUCUGUUGGAAGUAGUAUUGAGCUAUUAGGAACAGACAUGUAUGAAUCAGAAUGUUCAGGAGGAAAUAUUGUUGCCAUGGGGAAAUCUGCAUCAGGAGCUUGCUGCUCAUGCAGCAGAAAAUCUCUCUGCAAGACAACAAAAUGCAAAUGCCGGGCUGCUGGAGGAAGCUGUGGGAUGCAUUGUGGGUGUGCAGCAUCUAAGUGCACCAAUAGAAAAGUUUUGAGUAUGGCAGAUGACUCCCCACAAGCAGAGGUGGCUCAAAAGUUGCACGGAUCCAGUUCAUCCGAGACAGGAAACGAUGCUAUCAUGUCUCAAUCUACUGAGUUGAAUAAUUAUCUUCAACCUCUAAGGAAGCCUUUGAGUGAAAUCGGGAACAUGCAGAUGCUUGUGUGUUUUGAAAUGGGUAAUUGGAUGCUCAGAACUGAAGUUCACCGCUUCAGAUGGCAGAUUGAUCAUUGA